GGCAAGUACAAAAGGUAUAGAGGUAUAGAUGUAGUAUUGAAAUUCUGUGAAAUGCAGCAUGAUUUUAAUUUGUUUUGUAUUGCUAAUGAAGUUAAUGAAAUAACGUUAUUUCAGGUCAACUACAGUCAUUAUGGCAAUCUAUCUGUGAUUUGUUUAAUUUCUUUUAAACAAUGCUAUGAUUGAAACAUGCUAAUCUUUUUUAUUUCCGCAUCAAACAUCAACAUUGAAAUUGAGGGAGAUAUGGACAACAUAUCAUCGAUAAUAAUGUUCACAUUUUCAGGGCUGGAUGAAUCUUGGACAAAUAGAUUAAUAAUAUUUGUUUUUACCCUCCUGGGAUUUAUUUUGACAAUUGUUCUUAAUUUGACCUUGAUUGUGAUUAUAAUUUUACACAGAACUCUCCAUGAGCCCAUGUAUAUUUUCUUGUGUAACUUGUGCAUUAACGGGCUGUGUGGAUCCACUGGUUUCUACCCUGCAUUCUUGUAUACACUGACAGGAUCAAAUAUGAUCUCACUCAGUAAUUGUGUUCUCCAGAUAUUUGUGAUCAUGACAUAUUCCUUAUGUGAAUUUACUAAUUUAACUGUGAUGGCUCUUGACAGGUACAUGGCAAUAUGUAGACCUCUGCAUUAUCAAACUGUCAUGACAAGAGUAACCAUCUGCAAGUUGCUCAUUUGGCUGUUUCCCUGUGGUACAACAGGAGUGUCCAUUUCAAUAAUGCUCAGGUAUCCUCUUUGUGGAUCACACAUAGACCGACUCUUUUGUCAAAACUGGGCAUUGAUAGAAAGACUUGCUUGCCAAGAGGACAUUGUUAAACAUAUUGUCAAUGGGUCUUUCUUUGUGUGGUUUAAUUUACUGGUAGCAUUUCUUAUUUUGUGUAUGUCUACUUGUUUGCCUCAUUUAAUAGCCCUUGUCAACUUUAUCAUUUUAACAAUAUUUGAUGCUCUGUUUGGAUCCAGGGAUGGUCCAAAGGUAUUAGGAAAGCUCAUGUCGGUUGCUAGUAUUGUCAUCCCUCCAUUUAUCAACCCCAUUAUAUAUGGUGUCAAACUAACUCCUAUCAGGACACAGAUAAAAAAACAUUUUCAGCAGAUACAGAGUUAAAUACUUGUAGUGUUAUAUUGAUCAUUAAACAUGAAUUGGUUAUUGCUUAUUAGUUAUAUUCUUUGUUUUCUGUUUCUCCCUCACACCGUUAGUUAAGCUGUUAAAAACAAUAGAAUCAGAGCUAAAAUAACACCGCCAAAAAACAUGGAUUGAAAUUACUAAUGGAGUGAACUUAUUUGAGCUAUUCUACCUCUAAUCUGAAGUAUUCUUGUAAAGAGUCCGCUUGUACAGCACUGCAAAUGUAAUAACAAAUUUAAAUGGGCCAUUCUGGAUGCAUAUUUAGUAGGGGAAUUUGUUUAUUCAAUAAUACAUUUUGCUCUGUUUCCACUUACUGUGUA